UGGCAUCUAGGAGACGGGGCACUCUUCACCCGCGAUGGAGUCGGCGGCUCCAGAAGUGGCGAAGGAGAACCCGUACGGGGUGGAGUGGCAGAGGAACGGGACAUCAGGGUCCCUGGGAGUCCCCAGGUCGCCCCUGGAUUGCGAGGUGGUUCCACCUCAGCGGCCCUUCCUGGUGUGGCCCGGGCAGCCGGCCGCCCAGGAAAUGAUGCUGGGCCUGCAAUACCUAUGUAGGUCAGGCUCUGGCCCUGGAAGGAAAGAAACCCCUGCCAAGACUAACUGUCUUGCAGUCCCAAAAACCUUCGAGUGCCGGAAGUGUGGACUGACCUCAGCCUGCCUCCCUGACCUCAUUCACCACCAAAGCAGCCACGCGGGUGACAAGUCUUACAGCUGUCCGGAGUGUGGCAAAAGCUUCCGACGUGGCUCAGAUCUGGUUAAGCACCACCGGGUACACACUGGUGAAAAACCGUACCCUUGUCCCGAGUGUGGCCGUUUCUUCAGCCUCAUCCAACACCGUCGCUCCCAUUCAGGCCUCCGGCCCCACAAGUGCCUGGAGUGCGGGGAGGCCUUUGGCCGCAGCUUGGACCUGGUUAAACACCAACGGGUUCACACGGGUGAGAAGCCCUACACAUAUGCUGAGUGUGGUAAGACUUUCAGCCUUAGCUCCAACCUGAUCCAACGUCAGCGCACGCACACCGGUGAAAAGCCCUGCCGCUGUGGGGACUGCGGCAAGAGCUUCAGCCUUAGCUCCAACCUGUUGCAGCACCAGCGCUCACACACGGGUGAGAAGCCCUACCACUGUGCCUGGUGCAGUGACAGCUUUGGGCGCAGCUCGUAUCUGCUCAAGCACCAGCGUUCACACACUGGUGAGAAGCCCUACAAUUGCUAUGAGUGUGGCAAGAACUCCACCAACAGCUCGGACUGCCUACGGCACCAGCGCACCCACAAUGAAGAGCAGCCCUUCAAGUGUCCUGAAUGCGGCCGUGGCUUUAGUGAGCGCACUCAGUUCACUGAGCACCAGCGCAUCCACUUGGGUGAACAACCCUAUGCCUGUUCAGAAUGUGGCAAAAGCUUUUACCACAGCUCAAAGCUCCUUAAACACCAACGAUCACACACGGGUGAGAAGCCCUACAAGUGCCCUGACUGCAGCAAGAGUUUUGUGGACAGUUCGAAUCUGCUGCGGCACCAGCAUGUUCACGUGGGCCAGAAACCUUAUGCUUGCAGUGAGUGUGGUAAGAGCUUCAGCCAGAGCUCCCACCUGCUCGUUCACCAGGUGCCCCACAGCGGUGAGAAGCCAUUUGUCUGCCUGCAGUGUGGCAAGGCCUUUGCCCACAGCUCCAACCUGGGCCAGCACCAGCGGACACACCAGGGCGGCAGCCUCUGCAAAUAUCCCAGGCUUCAUUUUUAGCCUAAACUUCAGUUCCGACUUUGGUCCAGUUUUCAGAGAGCCUGAAGGGACCACGUCUCAAAACUGACCCCCUUUCUGCUCCUCUAGGGCUAUUGAUUUGAGGGCUGAUGAUGGGAUUUGGGAGGGCCUCCACAUCCUUUCCCAGAUCUUCUGGGCUGAGUCAGGGAACCCAAGGCUGGAAGAAUUAGAACACUAGAGCUGUGAGCACUACCUCCAAGCAGUUGUCCCAGAUAAUAGGGCUUCGGCCUGUUCUCUUAGGCUACAGAGACAGUACCGACUGCCAGCUGGAGGGAGAGUUUUUGGAUGGCAGGAGCUGUCCCACACUGGCCCAGCUGCUUGCAGACGUAGGACACCUCCAGCAGCUACUGACCUGAUCUCUUCACAGACCUAGAGAGUGAUGUGGUUAAUCACACCGAGAGCAACAACUUGCCUAGAAAGAUUCCAAAGGGAGGUGGGGGGAAGAGCAACAACUACCUCUUCCCAGAGGAAUAGGACCAAAGCCAGGCAAGCCCCUGUGGGGACUGCAGUGGUAAGGAGAGGGGGACAUUCCUGACCUCCAGAGGGGACCAUAAGGAAGGCUGUGUUGUGGCAGAGGGAUCAGAGAAUUUGAGCUUGGGACCAUUAUGUAAGCUCUGGGGUGUAGGACCCCUUUGAAAGACCUCUCACCACAUGAGAAUUAUCUUUACAGGUGAGGCUAGGGUGGUGGAGCCCCCGAACAGACCUGUCUGUAGAGUUCCGGGGAUGCUUUGUGGCAUUUCUAAGCAGGGGCAGAAGGCUCAGGAUUUGUCAUCUGCUCCUUCCCCUUCCUCAGCCCCUUCCCUCAUAUGUUCCCCGGGCUCUUUCUGUGCCCCCCUGUCAAUAGAGGAAAAAGUCAUGAAGACUAACUGGUGCCUGGACAUUGGGGACCAAACAUGGCCUUUUUGCCUGGCCAUUGUGGAGGGCUGCCCACACACAUGUAUGUCUACUGGGAAAACUUUGUGUGUAUGGGAGUUAGCGGAGGCUUCUCAAAGUGUUACAUAAUCUGUGCUCAGAGCAGGGUCCAAGCUGUCAGGCCUUUUCCUUUCCUCCCCGUAGCUUCCUGUGUUCUUGGGAGAGGCACAGACCAUAGUCCUUCUUUGGUUGGAAGAGGGAGUUGUCAGUUCAAGGUCCUAAUGCCCACUCUUGUGGGACAGUCCUUCCACCAUUAGCCCCAGGCACCUGGUCUCCUGCCCCUAAAUGUUACUUGCUGCAUUUAGGACUGUACCCACAGAGAGUAGGAGCAAAUGGGAAGGAAUAUGUAAUAACCCCACCCUCACCUUCUAGCACAGUGUCCAGGCUUGUCUCUUCCUAGCUGUAUGACCUUGGCUACACAAGGAGAAGGAUGACCUCUUCUCAUCCUCAGUUUGUUCGUCUGUAAAACAGGGAUGAUGAUGGUUCCCACAAGAGGUUGUGGUGAAGAUUCCAUGAGAACAUCUACAUGAGCACCUGAAUCAAGAGAGUGACUCUAAAGCUCAGUUCCCCUUUCUUUCUCCCUCAAGUCUGGUGCACUGUCACUGUUGGUGUCGGUCAACAAGCGUAAUGCCAGCUCACACACUAGCUCCUCCCCAAGGUUACAGAAGUGAAUGAGACAGCCCCAGUCCUGGGGUAGCUUGCUGUCCUGUGAAGGAGAUGGACUCAGGACCAGCAACAACACAGUGUGAAUUAUGCUGGCAGUGAGAAGGGACUUUGCCUGGAGCAAAUCUGGGAGGCUUCAUCAAGGUGACAUCUAACGAAUAUCACUUGUCUCCUCAAGCUGGGAGCCACAGAUGCCCCGGGCAGGGGUCAGUGAUGAAGGAAAGGAUUCCUGACAUGUUCCACGUCAACGACACUUCAGAGAGUACAAGUCAGUGUUUGAGUUGGAGGCCUGAGCCCAGCACAUACAU